AUGCACAAGUUUCUACAGUCAACGUCCCGAACCCUCCCCCUCCGCCCCCCGACCGACCUCCUCCGACACAUCAGAACCAACACCCACGCCAAACCCCUAACAACCUACGCCACAUUCCAAUACCUCGAAAACCGCCCCGAAUACCAGCACACCAAGCCUUACCACAUCAACAUCCCCGCCUGGAGCCUCCCACCCGGCCAGCAAUGCAACGAGGUCUCGGUUCCCCACUCCAAUAUUCCCGUGCAGGGUCUGCGCGGGCAGCUAGACGCGUUUACGCUCGAUCGGAAUGGUUUCGCGGUUGCGGUUGAGGAUAAAAGGGGUCCCGACUCGUUGUAUGAUUGUCUUGCGUAUGAGGAGUAUAUGGAGCAUCAGAGGCAUCAGAAGAGGCUUUUUGGCGCGGUGGAGUCGUUCCUCAGGAGGAAGAUGGAGGGGGUUGAGGAUGUGGUUGCGUUUUCGAAUCAGAUCCGUCGUCGAGAUCCGCAGUUCCCUGCUCUCCCCCGUGGCAGCGAUGCGUCGAAACCUCAGCCCGUGCAGGGGGUUCACGUUGAUUUCACCCCAGACUGCGCGCAAUCCGAAAUCGGCGGCGCCCUCGUUGAAAGAGGGUAUACCACACUGAAAGGCCGGCGGUGGCAGGUAAUCAGGCACGUCUCUCCCUCCCCUUUACUUUGUCAGGUUUGCUUCGCUGCUACUGUAGUGCUAAUAAUGAAUGUACCCAGUACAUGGAAGCCACUAUUCGGCCCCCUGCAAGACUGGCCGCUCGCCCUGCUAGAUUAUACCUCGCUCGACAACGAGCGCGACCUCAUCGCCUCAGAUAACGUCUACACGCACGUCAUCCGCGAGACGUACAACGUGAUCCACAAUGAGAAGCAUCGCUGGUACUACCUGGAGAACCAGCAGCCGGACGAGGUGCUCUUGUUCAAGACGUUUGACUCGCGCGCGACGAAGGGGAAUGCGAGAGUAUGUCCGCAUGCUGCGUUCGAGGACCCGCUUGCACCCAGGAAUGCGCGGCCACGAGAGAGUUUUGAGUGCCAGGCCGUCGUCAUCUAUCCGGAGGGGUCAAUGGAGGGGAAUUCGUAUGAUGAGGUCCUCCCCUCUGAAUCAACCCGUCCAGAAUAG